GUGCGUGUUGUGCGCGUGCGUCCCGCGUCGCGUGCGGUUUCGGUUUAUUUUGCGCUAGUCGGCUCGGCUAGCACUCCGCUCCUGACGGAGAAGGCGGCUGAGGCGCACCGUUUCGCCCCGAAUUAAACGCGCUAGCUCCAGAGAUUAAACCACGGCAAUGACCGACUCCAGCCCCGCUGUCGAAGGCCAGUAGCGAAGGGGGGCGAAGGAGGAGUGUCCCUGGCUAUCAUGGAUGACCGCUCAUCUCUGCGUAAAGUGAGCGGCUCCACUGAAUCAGUGUCCACAGUCACCAGCGAGGAGUUUGUGUUGGUGCAGAACGGCGCUGAGGGUUCGCCAUCCAGCUCAGAAGGACGUCCCAAACUCAAGAUGUCUUUAAAUGGAAGUGAGCAGCUGGAGAGGGCAAUGGAGGAGGUUCUGGAGGAUGACUUGAAGACACAGGAGACGAGAUCAGUUACACCAGUGCAGACCGGAGAGACCACUGGCAUGACCACAGAACCAAAAGCACAGGAAAGACCACCGAGCCUGGCUCUCAGUGAAAAUCCUAAUGAAGCAUCCAUGGUGGCAGUGGGGAGUCCAGUGGUGCAGGAGGAGGAGGAGAGUGUGCAGUUCAGUAAGCUCUCCUACCUAGGCUGUACAUGGGUGAAGGCUCCACGGAGUGAGGCCGAGGCUCAGAAAGCAAUGUCCACCCUAAGAGCUGAGAGCCCCAGCCCUAUUCCAAUCACCCUGCAUGUACCCAACAAUCCUGAAGGCUGUGUGAGGAUUGUUGACCAGGCCACAGGCACAGAGAUUGCCUCCUUUCCCAUCUAUAAAGUGCUGUUCUGUGCUCGAGGGAAAGAGGGUUCCUUAGAGAGUGACUGCUUCUGCUUCACCGAGAGCUACCGCAGCUCAGAGGACUUUCAGAUUCAUGUUUUUUCCUGCCAUAUCAAAGAAGCUGUGAGCCGUAUUCUCUACAGCUUCUCCACAGCCUUCAAGCGCUCAUCCAGAGUGACCUCGGAGAACCGCGAGGCGACAUUGCCUCAAUCCCCCGACAGCGACAUCUUUACCUUCACUGUGUCCCUGGAGGUGCAGGAGGAUGACGGCAAAGGCAACUUCAGCCCUGUUCCUAAGGACAGAGAUAAAUACUACUUCAAGCUGCGGCAGGGUGUGCAGAAGAAGGUGGUGGUUACGGUGCAACAGAUCUCCAACAAAGAACUGGAAAUAGAGAGAUGUUUUGGGAUGUUGCUCAGUCCUGGGCAGAAGGUUCGGAAUAACGACAUGCACCUAUUAGACAUGGAGGUGAUGGGGAAGAGCACAGAUGGAAAGGCUUACGUGAUAACUGGCAUAUGGAACCCUAACAACUCUGUGUUUCAAGCCCUCAAUGAGGAAACGCCAAAAGAUAAACAGGUGUAUGUGACUGUGGCUGUGGACCUGGUGGUGACCGAGGUGGUGGAGCCUGUUCGAUUCCGGCUGGAGGCAUUGGCCCGAGUUUAUCCAUCCAAUGAGCGGUUUUGGUACUUCAGCCGAAAAGCUUUCUCUGAGACCUUCUACCUGCAGCUCAAACCGGGCUUGACGAAGGGCAGCCAAGGAGACUCCAUAUAUGAAGUCGUGAGUCUUCAGAGGGAAUCGGAGCGAGCCGGGGGAUCUCAAGGCCGCUUGCAGUCUCCAACUGAGGAGGAGGAGCCGGAGGAAGACAGCGACAGCGAGAUCUCCAGUGGUACUGGAGAUGUGUCUAAAGACUGUCCUGAGAAAAUUCUGGAGUCUUGGGGUGGCAUCCUCUACCGAUGGCAUGGGAACCUGUCUUCUCGUCCUAAAGGGCUGUCCGCUCUGGUGAGACCCGGGAUUCCCGAGGCCCUGCGAGCUGAGGUCUGGCAGCUCCUGUGUGGCUGCCAGGAUGAACAAGAUCUGCUGGAGAUCUACCGCAUCCUCAUCACCAAGGAGUCGCCACAGGAAGGCGUUAUUACCAGGGACAUCCAUCGCACCUUCCCCGCUCACGACUACUUUAAGGACUCGGAUGGUGACGGUCAAGAUUCGCUCUACAAGAUCUGCAAGGCUUACUCUGUAUAUGAUGAGGAGAUUGGUUAUUGCCAAGGCCAGUCUUUCCUGGCAGCAGUGUUGCUCUUGCAUAUGCCAGAGGAGCAGGCGUUCUGCGUGCUGGUGAAGAUCAUGUACGACUACAAACUCCGGGAUCUCUACAGGAACAACUUCGAGGACCUACACUGCAAGUUCUACCAGCUGGAGCGCCUGAUACAGGAGCAGCUCCCAGACUUGUGGUCUCACUUCCAGGAUCUGAAUCUGGAGGCUCAUAUGUACGCCUCCCAAUGGUUCCUGACUCUCUUCACUGCCAAGUUCCCCCUCUGCAUGGUCUUCCACAUCACCGACCUGCUGCUGUGUGAGGGCCUGAACAUCAUCUUCAAUGUGGCACUGGCUUUAUUGAAGACCUCCAAGGAGGACCUGCUUCAGGCCGACUUUGAGGGCGCUCUUAAGUUUUUCCGGGUUCAGCUCCCCAAACGCUACAGAGCAGCCGAAAAUGCUCGCAGACUCAUGGAGCAAGCCUGCAACAUCAAGGUGCCAACUAAGAAACUGAAGAAGUUUGAGAAGGAGUACCAAGCUUUCCGAGAGAGCCAGCUGCAACAGGAGGACCCUAUUGACAGAUAUCAGAGGGAGAACCGGCGGCUACAGGAAGCCAGCAUGCGUUUGGAGCAGGAGAACGAUGACCUCGCCCACGAGCUGGUCACUAGCAAGAUCGCGCUGAGGAACGAUCUCGACCAGGUGGAGGACAAGGCUGACGUGUUGAACAAAGAGCUGCUGAGCACGAAGCAGCGGCUGGUGGAGACCGAGGAGGAGAAGAGAAGACAGGAGGAAGAGACAGCCCAGCUGAAGGAGGUGUUUAGAAGAGAGCUGGAGAAAGCAGAGUCCGAGAUCAAGAAGACCACGGCCAUCAUCGCUGAGUAUAAGCAGAUUUGCUCUCAGCUGAGCACCAGGCUGGAGAAACAACAGGCUUCCACCAAGGAAGAGCUGGAUAUUGUGAAGAGUAAAGUGAUGGCGUGCGAGCGAUGUCGAGAGGUGUUCAGUAAGGACGGGCCCCUGCAGGUCCCCGCAGUGACGCAGGACAACCGCGACUCUGACAUGGACGAGGAAAAGGAUUCUCUGAAGGCUCAGCUGCGGGAACUGGAGCUGGAACUCGCUCAGACCAAACUGCAGCUGGUGGAGGCCAAGUGCAGGAUCCAGGAGCUGGAACAUCAGAGAGGAGUGCUGAUGACUGAAGUCCAAGCUGCCAAAAACUCCUGGUUCAGUAAAACCCUGGGGUCUCUAAAGACCUCAGCGAGUAGUCAGGCACCUUCCUCGCCCAAAGAAGGGCAGUAGGACUCGUACAGGCCUCAGUGAGCGGAGGAAGGAGCAGAUCCACUGCCUAAAGCAAGCAGGGGAAAGGACCGGGCUUUCUGAACACUACUAAACCCCAUGUAGUGAUGCAGUAUUCCCUCUUACACUGGGGGAGAUGGAGAGAGAGAGAGAGAGAGAGAGACACGAGUGAACAGGAUGGAAUCGCCUGAACUGCUGACCCUUAGAACACAGUUCAGCCUUUGUUUCAUGAAGGCACAUAGCGAACAGGUUUCACGAACAUAGUGAGUUAAUGGGGUGAGUUUUGGAAAGUUAUCAGCCACCGGAGCAGCUUUUUCGGUUCUCCGGCAGAAAAAUCAGCCGUUUCUACACUACAGAAAAACCUCCAUUGAGUAUCGUUAAGCACAAAUCACGUGAAUUACAUUACACUUCCAAUUGGGAAAUAUCGCUACUAUAUAUUUAACCCCAAUGCCAAACAAAUCACUUUUAUUUUUUUUCCUAUAUUAUGAUGUCAGGUGUAUGUUUAUGACGUCUCAUUUUAGGUGAUCGCUCCUUUGCACAAGUCAGAGGUCCUGUUUAUCCAGAGUCAUCAGAAGAUGAGCAGACAGGAAUAUAGGAGCAGAUUGAGCAGGAGUGGUGAAUCUCUCUCUCUCUCUCUCUCUCUCUCUCUCUCAGUGCAACACUUCCACCUAGUGGCGGUUUUCAGUACUGCAGUAACUUACUUACCUACUUUGACUGUUAUACUUUUUAAAGGUGGAAUUCCUGAAUAAUAUAGCAUUACUAAUAAGGUUUUAAACUCUGAAGAUAUCUACGUUUGUAUUUUGCAAUUGUAGCUUUGUUUUAUUUUUAUUUGAGAGAUAUAAAGUGAGGGGGGAGGGGGGAAUACUGCAGCCAGAUUUCCAGUUUUUCUAUAUAGUAAUAUCAUUUUUUCAUUUUAAUUUUUUUGUCAUGUGUAUAACAUUUUUUUUAAUCCUGUACAGUUCUAAGAAGAUUGCUGUUUUUUCUUGGUGGGGGGGGGAUUUAUUAGUAUGUAAAUAUUAUUAGUAUAAAGCGAUGUUCAAAACGAUUUUAACUCCGAAAUGACAUUCCUCCUUUGUUCAUUUUACUGCUGUUACUCUCCCGGUGGCUGAAGUCUGAUGAGAGGUUUUGGAGCAGAGACUCCUUCCUGUUCUAUGUGCAAUUUAAGUUAAAUUCAGCCACUUAUAGGAAAACAGCACAUUUACCUAUAGCAGGAGCCAGGUGGCUUUGCAGACAUUCCCCUCACUACCACACCCAUGACUUGAUGAUGUCCAUUUGCGUCUGAUAUAACACGUUCCAACAAAGACGUCUUUAUCGUGAAUACCUUUUUAGUUCGUUUUUACUGUGGUCAAAAGAAGAAAAUGUGUUUCUCUGCUGUUUUGUUGCCAAAAUCUGUUUAUGAACCCGUUAUCAAGCGCGGUCGUUUCUCUGCAAAAAGAUCACGGUUGGUUUAAUCGCCUGUAACACAAAAUGUUCCUACUGAGCAGUUUAGACUCAGCAAGUGGUUAUUAUGGGAUGUAUAGGUUCUCCACUAUGUCCCAGGAUAACGGUCAUAAAUAAAUGUAGAUUCUUGUUCA